UGGGAUUUCCCGGCCGGUGUUUCGGGCCCUUUAAGAGGCGACGCCGGAGCCGGAGCCAUUUUCCCCCCUUCGGCCGCGGCGAGGAGGAGCCGGAGCGGGAGUGACACCGGGCCGGACCCAGCGCGACCUGCGGCGGCUCCGGGUGACUCGGGCCAGUGUAGAGGGCCCCAGGCCGCAGGCAGGAGCAGCUGGGCCAAUUCCCUGGCUGCGAGCGGAAGGGGAUGGCGUCGGGCCUGGGCUCCCCGUCCCCCUGCUCGGCUGGCAGCGAGGAGGAGGAUAUGGAUGCACUUUUGAACAACAGCCUGCCCCCACCCCACCCAGAAAACGAAGAGGACCCAGAAGAGGAUUUGUCAGAAGCAGAGACUCCAAAGCUCAAGAAGAAGAAAAAGCCUAAGAAACCUCGGGACCCCAAAAUCCCUAAGAGCAAGCGCCAAAAAAAGGAGCUGGGGGACAGCUCUGGGGAGGGGCCAGAGUUUGUGGAGGAGGAGGAAGAGGUGGCUCUGCGCUCAGACAGUGAGGGCAGCGACUAUACCCCUGGCAAAAAGAAGAAGAAGAAGCUUGGACCUAAGAAAGAAAAGAAGAGCAAAUCCAAGCGGAAGGAGGAGGAGGAGGAGGAUGACGAUGAUGAUGAUUCCAAGGAGCCUAAGUCAUCUGCUCAGCUCCUGGAAGACUGGGGCAUGGAAGACAUUGACCAUGUGUUCUCAGAGGAGGAUUAUCGCACCCUCACCAACUAUAAGGCCUUUAGCCAGUUUGUCCGACCCCUCAUUGCUGCCAAAAACCCCAAGAUUGCUGUCUCCAAGAUGAUGAUGGUUUUGGGUGCGAAGUGGCGGGAGUUCAGCACUAACAAUCCCUUCAAAGGCAGUUCUGGGGCUUCAGUGGCGGCGGCGGCAGCAGCAGCGGUGGCUGUGGUGGAGAGCAUGGUGACAGCCACUGAGGUUGCACCACCUCCUCCCCCUGUGGAGGUGCCUAUCCGCAAGGCCAAGACGAAGGAGGGCAAAGGUCCCAAUGCUCGGAGGAAGCCCAAGGGUAGCCCUCGUGUACCUGAUGCCAAGAAGCCUAAACCCAAGAAAGUGGCUCCCCUGAAAAUCAAGCUGGGAGGUUUCGGUUCUAAGCGUAAGAGAUCUUCGAGUGAGGAUGAUGACUUAGAUGUGGAAUCUGACUUCGAUGAUGCCAGCAUCAAUAGCUAUUCUGUUUCUGAUGGUUCUACCAGCCGUAGUAGCCGCAGUCGCAAGAAACUCCGAACCACUAAAAAGAAAAAGAAAGGCGAGGAGGAGGUGACUGCUGUGGAUGGUUAUGAGACAGACCACCAGGACUAUUGCGAGGUGUGCCAGCAAGGCGGUGAGAUCAUCCUGUGUGAUACCUGUCCCCGAGCGUACCACAUGGUCUGCCUGGAUCCGGAUAUGGAGAAGGCUCCUGAGGGCAAGUGGAGCUGUCCACACUGCGAGAAGGAAGGCAUCCAGUGGGAGGCUAAAGAGGACAAUUCGGAGGGUGAGGAGAUCCUGGAAGAGGUUGGGGGAGACCCUGAAGAGGAGGAUGACCACCAUAUGGAAUUUUGUCGGGUCUGCAAGGAUGGUGGGGAGCUGCUCUGUUGUGACACCUGUCCUUCUUCGUACCACAUCCACUGCCUAAACCCUCCACUUCCAGAGAUCCCCAAUGGCGAAUGGCUCUGCCCCCGUUGUACGUGUCCAGCUCUCAAGGGCAAAGUCCAGAAGAUCCUAAUCUGGAAGUGGGGUCAGCCACCAUCUCCUACACCAGUGCCUCGGCCUCCAGAUGCUGAUCCCAAUACUCCCUCCCCCAAGCCUUUGGAGGGGCGGCCAGAGCGGCAGUUCUUUGUGAAAUGGCAAGGCAUGUCUUACUGGCACUGCUCCUGGGUGUCUGAACUGCAGUUGGAGCUACACUGUCAAGUGAUGUUCCGAAAUUAUCAGCGGAAGAAUGAUAUGGAUGAGCCACCUUCAGGGGACUUUGGUGGUGACGAAGAGAAGAGCCGAAAGAGAAAGAACAAGGACCCUAAAUUUGCAGAGAUGGAGGAACGCUUCUAUCGCUAUGGGAUAAAACCUGAGUGGAUGAUGAUCCACCGAAUUCUCAACCACAGUGUGGACAAGAAGGGCCAUGUCCACUACUUGAUCAAGUGGAGGGACUUGCCCUAUGAUCAGGCAUCCUGGGAGAGUGAGGAUGUGGAGAUUCAGGACUAUGACCUUUUCAAGCAGAGCUAUUGGAAUCACAGGGAAUUAAUGAGGGGUGAGGAAGGACGACCAGGCAAGAAGCUCAAGAAGGUGAAGCUGAGGAAGCUGGAGAGGCCUCCUGAAACUCCAACAGUUGAUCCAACAGUGAAGUAUGAGCGACAGCCAGAGUAUCUGGAUGCCACAGGUGGAACUCUGCACCCCUAUCAAAUGGAGGGCUUGAAUUGGUUGCGCUUCUCCUGGGCUCAGGGCACGGACACCAUCUUGGCUGAUGAGAUGGGCCUUGGGAAGACUGUCCAGACAGCAGUCUUUCUGUAUUCUCUCUACAAGGAGGGUCAUUCCAAAGGCCCCUUCCUAGUGAGUGCCCCUCUUUCUACCAUCAUCAACUGGGAGCGGGAGUUUGAAAUGUGGGCUCCAGAUAUGUAUGUGGUGACUUAUGUGGGUGACAAAGACAGCCGGGCCAUCAUCCGGGAGAAUGAGUUCUCCUUUGAAGACAACGCCAUUCGUGGUGGCAAGAAGGCCUCUCGCAUGAAGAAAGAGGCAUCUGUGAAGUUCCAUGUGCUGCUGACAUCCUAUGAGUUGAUCACCAUUGACAUGGCUAUCUUGGGCUCUAUUGACUGGGCCUGCCUCAUCGUGGAUGAAGCCCAUCGGCUCAAGAACAAUCAAUCUAAGUUCUUCCGGGUCUUAAAUGGUUACUCACUCCAGCACAAACUAUUACUGACUGGGACUCCAUUACAAAACAAUCUAGAAGAGCUGUUUCACCUGCUCAACUUUCUCACCCCUGAGAGGUUCCACAAUUUGGAAGGCUUCUUGGAGGAGUUUGCUGACAUUGCCAAGGAAGACCAGAUUAAAAAACUGCAUGACAUGCUGGGGCCUCACAUGUUGCGGCGGCUCAAAGCUGAUGUGUUCAAAAAUAUGCCAUCCAAGACAGAGCUGAUUGUGCGUGUGGAGCUGAGCCCUAUGCAGAAGAAAUACUACAAGUAUAUCCUUACUCGAAAUUUUGAAGCACUCAAUGCUCGAGGUGGUGGCAACCAGGUCUCUCUGCUGAAUGUGGUGAUGGAUCUUAAGAAGUGCUGCAACCACCCAUAUCUCUUCCCUGUAGCUGCAAUGGAAGCGCCUAAAAUGCCUAAUGGCAUGUAUGAUGGCAGUGCCCUAAUCAGAGCAUCUGGGAAAUUAUUGCUGCUACAGAAGAUGCUCAAGAACCUUAAGGAGGGUGGGCACCGUGUACUCAUCUUCUCCCAGAUGACCAAGAUGCUGGACCUGCUAGAGGAUUUCUUGGAACAUGAAGGUUAUAAAUAUGAACGUAUUGAUGGUGGAAUCACUGGGAACAUGCGUCAGGAGGCCAUUGACCGCUUCAAUGCACCGGGUGCUCAACAGUUCUGCUUCUUGCUUUCUACUCGAGCUGGGGGCCUUGGAAUCAAUCUGGCCACUGCUGACACAGUCAUUAUCUAUGACUCUGACUGGAAUCCCCAUAAUGAUAUCCAGGCCUUUAGUAGAGCUCACCGUAUUGGGCAAAAUAAGAAGGUGAUGAUUUAUCGGUUUGUGACGCGUGCGUCAGUGGAGGAGCGUAUCACGCAGGUGGCUAAGAAGAAGAUGAUGCUGACACAUCUAGUGGUUCGGCCUGGGCUGGGCUCCAAAACUGGAUCCAUGUCCAAACAGGAGCUCGAUGACAUCCUCAAGUUUGGCACUGAGGAACUAUUCAAGGAUGAAGCUACAGAUGGAGGAGGAGACAACAAAGAGGGAGAGGAUAGCAGUGUUAUCCACUAUGAUGAUAAGGCCAUUGAACGACUGCUGGACCGUAACCAGGAUGAGACUGAAGACACAGAAUUGCAGGGCAUGAAUGAAUAUUUGAGCUCAUUUAAAGUGGCCCAGUAUGUGGUACGGGAAGAAGAAAUGGGGGAGGAAGAGGAGGUAGAACGGGAAAUCAUAAAACAGGAAGAAAGUGUGGAUCCUGACUACUGGGAGAAAUUGCUGCGGCACCAUUAUGAGCAGCAGCAAGAAGAUCUAGCCCGAAAUCUGGGCAAAGGAAAAAGAAUCCGUAAACAGGUCAACUACAAUGAUGGCUCCCAGGAGGACCGAGAUUGGCAGGACGACCAGUCCGACAACCAGUCCGAUUAUUCAGUGGCCUCAGAGGAAGGUGAUGAAGACUUUGAUGAACGUUCAGAAGCUCCCCGCAGGCCCAGUCGCAAGGGCCUGCGGAAUGAUAAAGAUAAACCAUUGCCUCCUCUGUUGGCCCGCGUUGGUGGGAAUAUUGAAGUACUUGGUUUUAAUGCUCGGCAGCGAAAAGCCUUUCUUAAUGCAAUUAUGCGAUAUGGGAUGCCACCUCAGGAUGCUUUUACCACCCAGUGGCUCGUGAGAGAUCUGCGAGGCAAAUCAGAGAAAGAGUUCAAGGCUUACGUCUCUCUUUUUAUGCGGCAUUUAUGUGAGCCGGGAGCAGAUGGGGCUGAGACCUUUGCUGAUGGUGUCCCCCGAGAAGGCCUGUCUCGUCAGCAUGUCCUUACUAGGAUUGGCGUCAUGUCUUUGAUUCGCAAGAAGGUUCAGGAGUUUGAACAUGUUAAUGGGCGCUGGAGUAUGCCUGAACUCGCUGAAGUAGAGGAAAACAAGAAAAUGUCCCAGCCAGGGUCACCUUCCCCAAAGACUCCUACACCCUCCACUCCAGGGGACACACAACCCAAUACUCCUGCACCUGCCCCACCUGCUGAGGAUGGGAUAAAAAUAGAGGAAAAUAGCCUCAAAGAAGAAGAGAAUGCAGAAGGAGAAAAGGAGGUUAAACCUACAGCCCCUGAGGCCACCGUUGAGGUAAGAGAUUGGGGUGACGAUGCCAUACCAAAGCUCCUAGAACAAGCCUUGGUGAUUGAGGAACAGCUGCGCCGUGCAGCUUAUCUGAACAUGUCAGAGGACCCCUCUCACCCUUCCAUGGCCCUAAACACCCGCUUUGCUGAGGUGGAGUGUUUAGCGGAGAGUCAUCAGCACCUGUCCAAGGAGUCAAUGGCAGGAAACAAGCCUGCCAAUGCGGUCCUGCACAAAGUUCUGAAACAGCUAGAAGAACUGCUGAGUGACAUGAAAGCAGAUGUGACUCGACUCCCAGCUACUAUUGCCCGAAUUCCCCCAGUUGCUGUGAGGCUACAGAUGUCAGAGCGUAAUAUUCUCAGCCGCUUGGCAAACCGAGCACCUGACCCUACUCCACAGCAGGUAGCGCAGCAGCAGUAAAGCUCCAGAUUGAUGACAACCACCUCCACCGCUGAGCAGUGACCUUCCUCACUUUCCCUUGCCCAGCUUCUCCCCUGGCGGCCUGAGAGACCCUCUUCUUCCUUCUGCCCAUCUUCCAUGUUGUAAAGGGACAGCCCCCACUGUACUGGGGGAGGGAAGGGAGCGAGGGGCAGUGGUGCCCUUCCUGCUGGAGAGACAGUGCAGCAGUAGCGCCGGCGCCAUCUGCAGGGAGCUGGCGGGCUGGCCGCCUUCUGGGCCCUGGCUUGCCCCACUGUAACGUCUGUUACACACAAACUGUUGUGGGUUUCUGCCAGGCUUGAAGAAAACGAUCUGAAUUUCUUCUUCCUUUUGGUUUUAUUUUGUUGGUUUAUUUUGUGUUUUCUUUUCUCCUUUUUUGGGGUAUUCAGAGUGGGCCGGGCCCCUGGGCGAGACACAGCUACCUCUGUUGGCAUCUUUUUAAUACCAGGAACCCAGCGGCUCCAGCCAUGGCUAGAAUGAAAUAAAGUUGAAAAAAAAAAAAAAGGAAAAGAACCAAAA